CGUUUUUCACCGAACGCAUGUCAAAAGCGUGCGUUUACAGCGUAGAGUCCAACCUGCGUUCGUUCGCUUCCGACAAGCUGACGGUCUCUUUUCCGUCAUUGGUCUCGAAGAAGACACACUUGAUCGAAAUGGCGUCCCACAAAACGUUCCGCAUCAAGCAAAAGCUUGCCAAGAAGCUGAAGCAAAACAGACCCAUUCCGCAAUGGAUUCGUAUGCGCACGGGUAACACCAUCCGGUACAACGCCAAGCGCCGUCACUGGAGACGCACCAAGCUGAAGCUGUAAGCGGCUCGCAUCUCGUAUUGUUUACCAUCGAGUUCUGCGCGCGACCGUUGUGAAGGUGAAACGGCAAUACCGUUUCAACCUCUGUAACCGCGCGAGAGUUUGGUGCAUUUUCAAUAUUAAUUCAUUUGGUGGAUGUUCCGCGUAAUAAUGAAUAAAUAAUUCAUACCAAGCAAAACACCUCCAACAAAAA